AUGUACAUUACAACUUUUGCUCGAGGUUUGAGUCAUUGUACAUCAAUCAUAGAUCCUGCAUUUGAGAACCUUGUCCUGCUCAUUAAUAGCCUGGGCCUGGAGGACCCCCUCUGGCCCGAUGCCAUGCAGAAGCAUAUUGGUUCCAUUGCACUGCCUGCAGCGCUGCAAAGCCACAACGACCGUCCCCAGCGCUCGCCAACUCGCUUGAUGGGGUCACCAUACCCAUUCAGACUGGUUACUAUCCUUAAGGGCUCCGUCUCAUCACUGUCGACGGCUAUCAUCACCGUGCUGCCCAACGAGAAGUAA